AUGCAAGGAAUCACGGUCUACGGUGCCCCGCACUUGAACGUCACUGGCCUUAGCGAGCAAACCAGGCGGGCAGUUCUGCCAGGUCAUUUCCUCAUGCCAGGAUACGGCUGUGCGCUGAAGCUGAAAGGACUCGGACAAGUGGGACUGCAUGGCCUCAAUGCCCACAUGGCCAUGGAGGAGUUUGCUGUGCGCGGCCGAAGAGCCGUGACGUCCUUGAAAGAUGAGGACUUCGCAAACGUAAUCGGGGCAGACUGGAAGCAGUGCGACCGCUACCAGCUGGACACGCUGGAGGGCCCAUCAGGUGGGCUUCUCCACCCGAAGCUGAACAAGCACCGGGUGAAUUUGGUGGAUGUGUCCAACAAUCACUUGAUGGACAUCUCCGUCCUGAGCAAAGCCAACGGAUACGAUGCCCUGCACACGAUCAUGGCCAGAAAGAAUCUCCUUUCCCGCAUCUCCUUGAACCUGCCAAAGCUUGUGGAGCUGAAUCUGGCCUACAACUUGCUGAAGACUAUGCCGAGUUUAGGCCUUCUGCCGUCGCUGGAAGUGCUGAUCCUGUCACACAACCAGCUCAGCGGCAGCCUCGAAAAUCUGAAGUCCGCCAUGCGCAUCAAGCGCCUCGAUCUAGCCUACAACGAGUUCGAUUGGACCCCCUCGCAGCUGUCGCAAGCACUGAAUGCCAUGAGCCACCUGCGUAGCCUUCAGAACCUCAGGCUCUACCACAACAAGUUUGUGGCUUGCUUCAAGGAGUACCAGAUCUACGUCGUGAGCAGGCUCAAAUCUUUGCAGAAGCUCGACGAUUGCAUCAUCAGUAUGGACAUGCGGGAUGAAAUCGAGAGUACGAACCUCUUGGCCCUGGAUGUUUACGAUGUUGCUUUCAAGAAGCGGCAGGAGGAACUGGCGCGCCGAAGGAACAACGCGGGCGUGGGGCCCGCCCUGGGGGCUGGAGUUGGCAAGCUGAAGCUGAUCAUGGAGUCUCUUGAGGAGAUCCUCGAGGAAUCCAGCGCGCUGGCUGCUCGCAUCGCUGUGGUCCGCGAGAACGCUGCCCUGAGGGCGCAGAGCAGCGACAACGAGGGCUUCAACGUCGAACAAGCCUUUUGGGACGGCAUGGACAAUGGUGGCUCUGACAAGGAGAUGGAGAUCACUGUGUCAUACAUCCUGGAGCUCAUCACAGCAGUCAUGGAGCGGCAUGACACUGCCCGGAACAACUUGGUGGACACUCUAGGUUUCCUCUCCUGUGUCGUCUCCCAUGGACUUGGCCAACGCUGCCUGGAUCUGCUUCGACGGAUGAUGUUGAGCAGCGAUCAUUGCCGCGAGGAGGCGGCGCGUGGAGUCAAAACCAUAGUGGUCCCUACCGUGCUGGCCUUUGGCGAGGCCAACAUCAACAGUGAGAUCACAAAGUCCAUGCUCCUCGCCCUCGUCAACCUUGUUCAGGAGAAGCAGAUCAGGGAAGAAGUCUGCGACAUCCUGGAAGAACUGUUACCUUUGCUGCUCAACUGGUUCCUCAUGGAAGAGUACCUCACCGAGGAUGGAGCUCAUAUUGUAAAGCUCCUGGCUUCAAUCACUGGACCAAAGGAGUAUGCGCAAACAGCAGCAUCACCUGAACUGGCAGCCAGGACUAUCACGCACCUCGAGAACAAGGCAUUGUUUGAUAACAUGCGUCUGAGGAGCACUUGGAUUGAUGUGCUGCAAAUUACGCAGAACAUCGUCACAUAUGGAUCGCAGGAGAUUGUGGACAUGUUCUACAAAGCAGCUAUCCACUCCAAAGUUGUGGCGCGUCUCCGCCAGGUGCUAACGGCAACGAAAGGCCGCCACAACGACCUGCCCUUGCCAGCUAGGACGAUUGCUUGCAUUUGCCAAUUCGUCUCCGCCAUGAUGACCCGUAGCAAUGCCUCAUUGCAAGAGUGCUGCGACCCCAUCUGCUUCCAAGAUGUUCUUUGUCAGCUUCUGCGUUCUCAUCUGGUCGACCCGCUCAUCUUGGAGGCGGUGACGAAGACGCUCCGGACGAUGCUUGAAGACCCCAAAGUCUACAAGAAGCAGGCCAUCAAAGUUGUCGAAGACCUGCGGAAAGUGACGCCUCUUCUUCAGUUUCUGGGAGGGAAGAAGUACCCAGAUCUAUACAAGAUGGCCCUCAAGUAUUCGGAGGAUGACCACCACGAAGCGCCGCCCUUCGCAGAGCUUGAGAACGAUUUGGUCACCAAUGCUAUGAUUGGCAUUGUGGUUUUAGUGGAGUUUUUCGCUGCAGAGGAUGAGAGCAUCGAAAACGACCAGGCGAGAGAGUUGGUCAAUGACGCGAUGAACACGCAAGGGAGAGAGACCAUUCUUCUGAAACUGCUUGUCAUCCCAUGCGAUGACUUGAAGCUUUGCUUGCAAAUGGGCCAGAUUGAGCCCGAUGAGAUGGGGGCCAUCGUGAAGUGUUUGUCUGACGUGAAGAACAUCGGGGAGGGACGUACGGAGGAGAUGCUGGCCCUGGUGGUGCGCCAGCUUCAGAGGUUAUUGCUGGCCCCUGGAGACACCGGUCCGGACUUUCAGCAGGGCUUCGCUGAGAGGGCUGUGGCCGAGUGCAGCGAGAUUCUCAUGGCAAACUCGGCGCGAUCAACCGAUCGAGAGUCGGAUGAGUUGGAGAAGCUGGAGUUGUCAUUGGCCAUCGUCAACUUCUACUUCAGCUGCAGUGGCAUUCCGUCGCUGCGAAGCUGCUUACGGAAUCCGACGAUUGACGCGCUGUUUCCUCGUAUCAUGAAGUUCGAGGAGGAGCUCCACAGCCCGCUAGCUGCGGACGUCAUGCUUGAGCAGACCUGGCUUGGGCGGUCGCUGGAGAACUUGCUGCAGUGCUUCCAGGGCGAGAAGGUCCUGGUGCGCGACAAGAAGGCAUCCGCUGCGAUGUCAGUUCUGGGAGCAAAAGCCUUCAUGCAACAUAAACUCAGCAAAGUACCAAACGGGCAUAGAACUCCACCGAGAGGAACUCUAACAACAUAA